AUGUACGGAGAUGGUCUGCGGACGGCAGCCGCUCCGCCGACAGCCACCAUCUCUGGUGCGCCUGUCAAGUACUCGUUCAAAAAAGAGGACGAAGCUCCGGCGACAGUAGAAAAGAAAACACCCGAUGCUUCUCUCCGUUUCCAGCCUGCAAUCAAACGCCCUCAACCUGCGCAGAAGCAAAAACCCAGGCCAAACUCGAAUCCCACAAUCGCGACGAAGCCUCCUCCGCUGCCUGCUGCCCCUGUCGCAACCGGUCACAUCGUGCAGAAGUGGAACGAGUCCCAGGAACAAGACUUCGAUGUCGUCAACGAAUACCACAAGUUCCAGGAGGAGCAGAAAGCUCGCCUGAAAGAGGAACGCAAGAGCAAGAAAUCCAAAAAGCCUGCCCUCCACAUGGACGACAUCGACUGGUCCGCACCCUACAAUGUCCAAGACGCCUUUACAAAGACUCGCACAAAGCUCCGUCUAGAUGCUUGGAAGCACUCGGACUCCAAGUUCAAUGCCCGCUACCAGUGGAAGCAGACACUGCAUUCAUUCAAGCGUCCUGGCACUCCACCACCCACGCGAGAUGAAGCCAGACUUGCGACUGAUGUCUCGUACAAGAAUAUGCCUCCUCCACAAGAACUCAUCGAGCCUGGCGGCCCUCCCGCCGCCUCUCAGCAGACCUCCGCUCCACCUCCUCCUCCGCCUCCACCUGUGCCUUCUUCCGUCCCUAUGGCCUACCCACCCUCUUUCGACCAGUACCCUCCCCCACCACCGAACUUUCAAGGAACAUCUACUCUGCCUGGUCUACAAUACGUUCUACCUUCCCCGCCUCAUUUCGUGCCUCCCCCUCCUCUUCCUCCUCCUCCUCCUCCUCCUCCACCUACUCAGGCAUAUUCAUCCGCAUCAUCGGCUGUACCAGUUCAACCUACUCCUCCACCGCCAUCGGGCACUAUCUCACGCGAACCUGUGCGUUAUGAACCGCCUGUCCAGACGGCCGAGGGAGCGAACAAAGAGCUCGAAUCAGUGGACAUAGAAACAUCACAAGAACCCGAGUCAGAAGUACGAAGAUCUGCACCUGGUCAAAAAGGCUUUGCCCAGCGAUACAUGGAGAAGAUGGGAUGGAAGAAGGGCGAAGGUCUCGGCAAAGAAGCUACUGGUAUCACUACGAUUCUUCGUCAUGAAGCAACCAAGAGAAAACGCAAGGGAGAUGCUGAAGGUGGUGGCUGGGCACAACCCGCCGCCAUGGGUCGUAUCGUAGGAGGCAAAAAGACAAAGACAGAUGUACCAAUUGACGAGACCAAGGCUUUCAGUCUGGUAGCCAGGUUCGAGGGCAUGCUCAGAGACAUGGAUGUCGAUCGAGCCAUCGAGGAAGACAAUCUUAUGCAAAGAAUUGGAGAAAAGCUUGAGAACUAUGGCCGCUCAGAGCGUGUCUAUAUCGACAGGGCCACUGGAAGAGUCUUUGUCAAGUUUACAAGCGCUCUUAGUGCUUUCAACGCCAUCAAAGCAAGCGACGGCACAGACUUCCUGGGCAACGGACGAGUCGUCCAGAGCACUUUCUUCAAUGCCGACAAGUUCGAAGAAGGCAUCUACGAGUGA